UACUUUCAUCUCACAUUGAGGAUCUGGAGACAUCAACAGGGCUUGUACUUGACCAAGUGGCUCAAAGGCAUUGUACAGACUCAUUCUGUGCCUUUGGGACCUGUGAAGACAGGGUUUCUCUAAAUAGAUCUGCAGUUGCGGUUGUAAGCACACAACUAUCAAGUUUUGUAUCACCUCAUCAUCAACUUGAAACUGUUUGCCAUUGCUCACAGGGUUACUCAGGUGAACGUUGUGACAGUGCAGUCAAUAAAUGUGCAAAUAAGCCAUGUCCUGAUAACAUGAUGUGCAUACCUGAUGGAUCUGCUUUGGGGUACUCUUGUGAGUGUCCAGAGGGAAUUGCUGGACCAGUUUGUCAAGACAAUGAAACAAACUGCCAGAAUGUGUGUUACAGUCCCAUGUCAAUGACAGGGAGAAGCUAUGCCCACUAUACUAUUACCAGACCAUGGCUUGAGAAGGAGUUAAAUGUCAGCCUUCGGUUGCGCACUCUUUACCCAACAGGAAAUGUUGUCUACAUUGCUGGGAAGUUUGAUUAUGCUAUUUUAGAG